ACUUAUUUUUUUUCUUUGACUUAAAAGGUGAAUUCCUUUUCUAUUAAUCAGUUUUCUAUCAAAUAUGAGAGGAAAACAGGAAAACACUUUUGGGGCUAAGGGAGAACAAUAUUGAGCCAUGAUAUUGUGCCAAAGAACUGUUUGACACGAAUCCAAACAGCCUUAGCUUAUUAGCCCAGUUCAAAGUAUUCAACUUUCAAGUUCGUGUAUCCUCUCCCUUUCCCUCCCUCCCUCCCUCUCUCUCUGUAAGGAAUUAAAAAUCUCAGAUCUCAAAAAACCCAGAUCGAUAUGGAGAAAGACAAACAAUCAGACAUAUCUUCAGCACAAGCAGUCUUAUUUGGAGCAUUAGCACCUGGGGUUAACGGACCAACAUGGAACACAUUGAAAUCAGCAUUUUUGCUGUUGGGUUUGUGUCUUGCUAUGAUGCUUGUCUUAGCUUUCUCUUCCAGCGACUCUUCUUUGGUAAUUCAUGUUGGGUUUCUUGUAACAAUCACAGCUACCCUCUUCUUGCUUCUUAGCUGGUUUCUUUCACAGACGGGUCUGGUUUCAAUUGAACAUCAAAUGCGAGAAAUGGAUUUGGUGCCAAAAGAUCAGGGAGCGAAGCACAAAGAGACGUGAUGUUUUUCUUAAUAUAUAUAUCACAUUAGAAUUGAAGACAUAACAAAGAAAGAUAUUUCAAGACUUCAUCACCAUCUAAAGGAGAAGAUGGUUACAAUAUUCUCUACAUUCAUUCAGAGAGAAAUGAGAAGAAAAGAGUGAAGGAACAGCAGUCAAAGCAUCACGGGUCUCAGCCCAUGAUUUCAUGUGGAAAUCUCGUCAGCCAUCUUUGCUGCUAUCAUGUACUUCCUUCUUCUCCUUAUCUUUGUUUUUUUUGGACUUGAUGAAGCAGAAACAUGAGCAACAUGGCAAAUGAAACAAGAACUUCAUCUCUUUCAAGUUAAUGUGAUUUCAGUUUUUGGAAAA